AUGGAGUAUUUGAUGGGUCGGUUGUGGGGUCUCGUAUUCGCUGCAUCUUCUGGCUUGGUGUACAAUUCCGACGACGCUCUGCUGAUUGGGGGUAACCUUAGCAUACAGAAACUGAUCGAUCAGAAUAUCGAAGAUGCAGUGGAAAAGUUUGACGUGAACAUGGAAAAUUGUAAGAUGCCGCAGUUGAGGGUUUUGUCAGUCAGACAAAGGCCACGUGCCCCAGAAAUUUGCAUAGCGAAACAUCCUCGUCUGAUUGUGUCCAAGUGGAACCCGCAACGCCAGCAAUAUCAGCUGAAAAUUCAGCAGGAAGUGGCAGCACAGUUGUCGGGGGAAGAAAAGCCCAUCGUUGAAUGUUCUUACAGGGUCAUUGACCAUGGCAGACUACGACAACCAGCGAUGUUUAGGGACCAGCAUUUGGUGCCCAAGCAUGUGCAGGGAAUGCGUUUGCAGUGUGCCCUGAGGGCUAAUCGAAGUUAUGCUAUGCAUUCACGUCAUGUCUCUGAGGAUUUGUCGUUUGUGCAGCUCAAGGAAGAGCUGCCGAGGCUGAGCAAUCGCCAGCCCAGUGUCCUGCUGCUGGGCAUUGAUUCAAUGUCGCGUGGCAAUCUGCGGCUUGUCCUGCCCAAUGUUAGUCACUUCCUCGCUGGCAGGCAGUGGCACGAGAUGCGCGGCUUCAACGCAGUGGGGGACAACAAACUGAUGGACUGCCCGGAUCGUUUGUCGUUCGUGUUGCAGGACUUUAAGCUUGCCGGCUACGUGACUGCAAUGUCUGAAGACCGUCCAGAGAAGGGCAUGUGCCAGCGGCACACCGUGGACCACUAUCUACGGCCCAUGCCCAUGCCCAAGCUGAGGCGGUGUCUGAGGAAACGACGAGGCAUGGAACAUACCCUGGACUAUUGUACGCAGCUGAUCGAGCGAUAUGUAAGGGGCUCGCAGCCAUUCUUUGGCUUUUUCUGGAUUCAUGCCGAAGCGUCGCAUCACGAUGAGCUGCUGUUUGACUAUCUAAAACGAUUCGAGGUAUUGGGACUCUACGAAGAGGCCAUUGUGGUGCUGUUCAGCGAUCAUGGCAUGCGUUUUGGCAACUUGGUUAAGCUACGCGAUGACCAGCUGGAGGAACGUCAGCCCAUGUUGUUUGUAACCCUGCCAAAAUGGUUUCGGAAAUGCCAUCCGGGAUUUUCCCGGGCCCUGCAGCUAAAUCGCCAUCGCUUGAGCUCUCCCUACGAUCUUAAAAUGAUGCUGAAGCAUGUAGCCUCGCUGCAGGUCUACCAUGAGUCUCCUCGGUCUUAUUCUCGUUGUCAGAGCCUGUUUUAUGCUCUGCCCAAGAAUCGAAGCUGCUACGAUGCGGGCAUCAGGCCACAUUGGUGCACCUGCGAGGCAUAUAGAACGCUGCCACUCAGCGAUAAUAUACAGACCAUGUCACACUUUGUGAUACAGCGAAUUAAUCAGUUUCUGAGCGAUCUGAGUCUAUUGAAUCGCUGUAGUAAGCUGCGCUUGUCUGGCAUUCGGGGUGCCCAGAGAAAGGAAAGAUCACCGCAGGACGAGCCAAAUAUGAUUCUCUAUCGGUUGCAACUGGAAGCCCUCCCCAAUAAGCUUGUGUUUGAGGCCACCGUCAGCUACAAUGAGCUGACGCAACUAAUGGAUACGGACAUCUGGGAGAUUAGUAGAAAAAGCUGCAUCGAUCUAGCUGCCAGUUGCAUUGGACACCAAAAGGCUUCAGUCUUUUGCGUGUGCCACAACAGAAUAACUUAUAAUUAG